AUGAUUCAGCCUGGCAUGAUUAAGCCAGGCAUCAUUCAGCAAGGAAUGAUUCAGCCAGGCAUGAUUCAGUCAGGCAUGAUUCAGCCAGGCAUGAUUCAGCCAGGCAUGAUUCAGCCAGGCAUGAUUCAGCCAGGCAUGAUUCAGCCAGGCAUGAUUCAGUCAAGCAUGAUCCAGUCAAGCAUGUUUCAGCCAGGCAUGAUUCAGCCAGGCAUGAUUCAACCAGGCAUGAUUCAGCCAGGCAUGAUUCAGCCAGGCAUGAUUCAGCCAGGCAUGAUUCAGUCAGGCAUGAUUCAGCCAGGCAUGAUUCAGUCAAGCAUGAUUCAGCCAGGCAUGAUCAAGCCAAGCAUGAUUCAGCCAGGCAUGUUUCAGCCAGGCACAAUUCAGCCAGGCAUGAUUCAGCCAGGCAUGAUUCAGCCAGGCAUGAUUCAGCCAGGCAUGAUUCAGCCAGGCAUGAUUCAUCCAGGCAUGAUUCAACCAGGCAUGAGUCAACCAGGCAUGAUUCAGCCUGGAAUGAUUCAGCCUUUCAUGAUUCAACCAGGCACGAUUCAGACUGACAUGAUUCAGCCUGGCAUGAUUCAGCCUGGCAUGAUUCAGCCAGGCAUGAUUCAGCCAGGCAUGAUUCAGCCUGGCAUGAUUCAGCCAGGCAUGAUUCAGCCUGGCAUGAUUCAGCCUGGCAUGAUUCAGCCUGGCAUGAUUCAGCUUGGCAUGAUUCAGCUUGGCAUAAUUCAGCCAGGCAUGAUUCAGCCAGGCUCGAUUCAGCCAGGCAUGAUUCAGCCAUGCAUGAUUCAGCCAGGCAUGAUUCAGCCAGGCAUGAUUCAGCCUGGCAUGAUUCAGCCUGGCAUGAUUCAGCCAGGCAUGAUUCAGCCAGGCAUGAUUCAGCCAGGCAUGAUUCAGCCAGGCAUGAUUCAGCCAGGCAUGAUUCAGCCAGGCAUGAUUCAGCCAGGCAUGAUUCAACCAGGCAUGAUUCAGCUAGGCAUCAAUCAGCCAGGCAUGAUUCAGCCAGGCAUGAUUCAGCCUGGCAUGAUUCAGCCUGGCAUGAUUCAGCCAGGCAUGAUUCAGCCUGGCAUGAUUCAGCCUGCCACGACUCAGCCUGGCAUGAUUCAGCCAGGCAUGAUUCAGCCAGGCAUGAUUCAGCCAGGCAUGAUUCAGCCAGGCAUGAUUCAGCCAGGCAUGAUUCAGCCAGGCAUGAUUCAGCCUGGCAUGAUUCAGCCAGGCAUAAUCUACCCAGGCAUGAUCCAGCCUGGCAUGAUUCAGCCUGGCAUGAUUAAGCCAGGCAUCAUUCAGCAAGGAAUGAUUCAGCCUGGCAUGAUUCAGCCUGGCAUGAUUCAGUCAAGCAUGAUUCGGCCAGGCAUGAUUCAGCAAGGCAUGAUUCAGCCAGGCAUCAUUUAG